CUUCUAGGUUAAAAAAACAAACAUAAAAUGUCUAGUGAGUGAUCUCCAAUCUCCAUAUAUAGUCCAUUGAUCUUCUCCUACAAUCUCUCCUCCCUUUUUUCAUAAACAUAAAAUAUUCUUUUUUUUCCUUUAUUUACAAAUAAACCAAAUAUCUUCCAUCUCAUUAUUCACUAAGAAACACAAUGUCCAGCAAUCAUGGUAAGGAAUUACAAGAACCUGAAUCAUCAACCAAUCAAGUAGCGACACUUAGCCGCUACGAAUCUCAAAAGAGAAGAGACUGGAACACUUUUGGCCAAUACUUGAAAACCCAAAAACCACCAGUUCCACUUGUUCAUUGCAAUUCCAACAAUGUGUUGGAUUUCCUUCGUUACUUAGACCAGUUCGGAAAAACUAAGGUUCAUAUACAAGGUUGUAUGUUUUAUGGAAACCCUGAACCACCUGCACCUUGUAGUUGUCCUCUUAGACAAGCUUGGGGAAGCUUAGAUGCUCUUAUAGGAAGACUUAGAGCUGCUUAUGAAGAAAAUGGUGGGUCCCCUCAUACUAACCCUUUUGCAACUUCUUCUAUUCGUCUUUAUCUUAGGGAGGUUCGAGAGUGUCAAGCUUUGGCUAGAGGUAUACCUUACAAGAAGAAAAAGAAAGGAACAACUCAUGAAUCUCCUAAUGGAAAAUGUGGCAUAUAAACUAAAAUGGAGGAGUUCAUAUAUACUUAUAAGGUUUGGUUUCUAUACAAGGUAAUUUAAUGGCAUCGCAUAGUACUCUUGAAAGGAUUCUGUUUCGUUAAUUAAUUAUUUGGGAACUUAUUGUAACAAUAUGCGGCAGUGAGACCUUGAAUAGAAGGCUAGUUUGGUGUUUGAUAUAUUUACCUACAUUCUAUCACAUUAUCUUUAAAAAAUUCAUCAUUAUUUACGUAUAGUGUUGUGUAUAAUAUCCUUCUAUGUCAACUUUUCAUAGAUAGUUGUAAGAUUUUAAUUCUAUAUACGUCUGUUUUCUUUUUUA